AUGGCUGCACAUAACGACGAAGAUAUUUGGGGAUCCGCAGACGGUGAAAUGAGUACCAUGCAGGUAGAGCGAGUCACCGACCUCGACGACAUGUUCACGGAGGCUAUCAACUGGAAAUCCUUCGAGCCUGAUGGUGACGGUCAUUCUUCUUUGGAGGAUCCAUAUUCUGGCCCUCGAUCUCCCAUUGCAAUGAACUUUACACGAGCUAAGGCUGGUGGAAUAGAAGAUCAUGGUGCAUCAAAUCUCAGCUCGGGCUACCGUCGACAGUCUCCAAUAUCGACCUUCAACUCUCCAGCGAGUUUUAUGACCGCGAGCAGUCGCACCACCUUCGUCAGUGCAAGGUCAACGUACAAUAGCCCUGCAUACAUGUCAGCGAGCAGCUACACCCCAGCGAUGGGGAUCAAAACCAUUCGCGAGGACGAGCCACCUGAACCUGGACUGGCAGCACCGCUUGUACAACUACAUCAAGACUACUACUCGAGUCUUCGUGAGCGAGAGAUCCUUCAGCCUUUUGAUAAGGAACCCAACUGGUCCGGUAAGGGCCAGCACGUUACAUUUUCGGCCACAGACGUGAUCCCACUGUCGCACAUAUCGCAUCUAGGGUCAUCCAUGUCCGCGAGCGUCGACAAGGUACUCUGUCGUAGGGUAGCCCUUGCACGGAAAACCAUGAGAUGUGAUCGAAGAUGGACUGUGACCGAUGCUCUACAAGAGGUCUACCAUCUACAAAACCUCCGCCAUUUUCACAUCGUUCAGCUUGUGGGGACCUAUCUCCAAGGUCGUAAAUUCUCGAUAUUGAUGUAUCCAGCCGCGGAUAUGCACCUUGGAACAUUUCUAGAAGACACAGUGUAUAUGGACGCGGAGGCUUCGAUGGAACACAGAGUUUUCCUCGGUUCAACACUAGGCUGCCUCACUUCAGCUGUGGCUUUCAUCCACCGGCAUACUACAAAACACAUGGACAUAAAGCCUCAGAAUAUACUCAUCCGAAAGACAAAGUCAUCCGGCUCUCGGAACAAAUGGCGUGUUUACAUUGCCGACUUUGGGCUCUCGCGUUCUUUCGCUUCACAGGACCAUAGUCAGACCGAUUGUCCUACUUCACGGACGCCUAAGUACUGUGCACCUGAAGUGUAUAACUACGAACAAAGAGGUCGAUCUGCAGACGUGUUUUCUCUCGGCUGCGUUUUCCUCGAGAUCCUGACCGCCAUUUGUUGUAUAGAUCUGCAUGUCUUUGCGGAUGCGCGCCGAGGUGAUGGUGACGAUGAAUCAUUCCAUGCAAACCUGGACAGAACAACUGAGUGGGCUCGCCGGAACUUGUUUGCGUCAUCCUAUGAUUUGCUGCUCACCAGAGUCCUGGUUGCUUACGAUCUCAAGUCUGUUGUCAAAUUGGUUAUUAGCAUGGUCGCCCAAGAACCUGAGAAGAGGCCAACAGCAGCGGACGUUCAUCACCGUCUUCAUUCUCUGCACGGCAUUAGGGUGACAUCACUCCCAGGUUUUUUUUCACCCAUGCCCUGCUGUCUUGAGCCUCAGGAGCCCUAUGAAGCAUACCAGCCCCUUCUGGGGGAACAAAAAUGGAUUGUAAACUCGAACAUCCAGUAA